CGUAUCGAAAGCGUCCCGCCCGCCGUGGGAGGGACCCGAUCCCUGUAGUGGUGGUUUCUGGGGGAUGGUCGACCAUGGAGUUCAAUGGUCGACCCUCUAGCAUUGAAUCUGCUGUGCAUUUCAUGAUGCCGGCUUUUGCUGGGAGGAGGAACCGCUGUCGAGUAAGCAGCAGGCGCUGGGUUCUGAUCCCUCCGGCUUCUAAUUUGUCGGCAUCGUUCGUUCUACACAAGAAAAUUAUGAUAUGCAAGAUUCCAUGUGGAUGUAAAGUGAUGGUUCACAGGCCAAGAUAUUGCUUGCUAGUAACGGCAACAAGUAAGAAUCACGGACUAACACAAAAGGACCUUGAUGGUCAAACUGUCGCUAUACUGGGGCUAGGUGCUUCUGGAAAGGCAGCUGCUGAACUUGCACUUGCAAGAGGAGCAUCUGUCCUUGCUAUUGAUAGAAAUGAGAAUCUGCUUCCACUGGAAGUUGAUCCUUUGUUUCAAAAAUAUACACGCUUGCGAACAGUUCUUGCACCUUCCGGUGCAGACUUCCUGAAGGAUGCCGAUAGAGUGGUGGUCUCACCUGGGGUUCCUCUUGAGACCUAUGGCUUAGCAGGAUUGCUAGAAUCUGGAAAGGAAGUAAUGUCUGAACUGGACUUUGCAGCUGAGGUUUUGCACAAAGAAACUGCAGUUUUAGCGAUUUCUGGAACUAAUGGAAAAUCAACAGUGACUAGCUAUGCUAGUCAGCUACUUCAGCAUUCUGGCAUCAAGGCUUUUGUUGGAGGAAAUUUUGGAAAUCCACUUUCAAAGGCUGCUUUACAGUGUAUGGGAUCUGGUGAAUCCCAAUUCCAGGUUGCAGUUGUGGAGGUGAGCAGCUAUCAGUUGGAGAUUCCGAAUAAGUACUUGCAUCCCUCUGUGGCAGUCAUAUUAAAUCUCACUCCUGAUCACUUAGAGAGACACAAGACUAUGUGGAAUUAUGCCUAUACAAAAUGCCGAUUAUUCUGUCAUAUGACUGAUUGCGAUCUUGCUGUUCUUCCAGCUGAUAAUCAACUAUUAGUGGAGGCUUUUCGUCAUGGGCUAAACCAUUGCACUCUUACUUGGAUAGGAGACCUUCCUGGUCUCAAGAUGGUGAUGGAUAAGAAGGUUGCCUAUAUAGAACUUCCAACCACAGGCCUAAGUGCAGAACUGAAAUUGGACUCCCUUAAUACAGUGGGUAACCAUAACUUCCAGAAUGCAGCAGUCGCUACAUUCUGUGUACUUGGACUGAAUAUGGGAAUUGAAGUAAAUUCAAUAAAUGAAGCUAUUGGGAAAUUAUCCCCUCUUCCCCAUCGGAUGCAAAUAGUUCACAUUGACAAUGAAGGAAAAAUAUGGGUUAAUGAUAGCAAGGCAACAAAUGUGGAAGCUACAUAUGCUGGAUUGGUUGGUAUGAAAGAAUUCAAGUCAGUUGUUCUUCUUGGGGGCAUCGCAAAGCAAAAUGCUGAGAACAAUGGCUCCAGUGGUUUUGAAAAGCUGGCAGAGCCUCUUAAAUGCCACAAGGCUGUAAUCACGUUCGGAGCUUCUGGGGAAAUGAUUUGGAAGGCACUGCUGAGUGCUGGGCUUUCUAUUCCUUGUACUACAGUUAAAUGUCUGGUAGAUGCUGUGAGUCUUGCACGGGACAUUGCUAAAUCUGGUGUGGAUGCGGACAUGGUUGCAGCUCCAUCAUGCAAACUGAUGCAGUCAGCACGCUUGUGGUGCCGUUGACCUCAUCCACCCAUUUUUUGGUGAUGCAAUUGUGCUUAGUCCAGGUUGUGCAAGCUUUGAUGAAUUUGAGAACUUUGAACAUAGAGGGAAAGUCUUUGAAGAGUUGGCCAUGCAGUCCCGUUGACUUUUUUCAUCCUGUGGCCUCAUAAAAGGUCUAGUAGAACCGGAGGUAAUUCUACGUCAACGAGGUAUGAUAGGGUUGAUAUCUCUCUCUUCCUAAAUGUACAACAAAAUCUGAUCCAUACAUUUGCAGUGGAUGGACAGCUUCUUUUCUUUGAUAAUUUCAUUGUUUGCUUUUUCGGCCGCCAUUUUCUCCAUCUCAAUCUCUUUUUUCAACUUGUACGGGACAUUGUAAUCCUUUAAAAGGAAGCAUAAAAUUUGAGAGGGUAAAAAGGAGAAUGUCCAUCUGUAACAAUUAAAUCGUAUUGUAUAUCUUUUUGGACCAUUGCUAUGUCGGUCGGUCUGUAACAAUUGCACUUUUCAUCUAAAUUUCAU